GCUUUUCAAACGUGGUACUAACAGCAUUGCAAUAACUUCAACGGUGUCUACACAAAACAAACGUACCCGAGUACGCACUUUUAUUGCUUCCUAACAUAGUAAAUAACAGCAACAACACAUAACAGUGAAAAGAUAAAAAAAAUUUAGAUAUUGAAGCAAAAAUUUGUAUAAAAGUUUCAAAAAUGUCAAGUGAUAAUCUCAUCUCAAUGGAAGAUCCACUUACGCCUGAUGGGGGCGAAGGUGAUCAAUUCGAAUUACGCGCGGUUGUGCAUAACAGCGCCGAUACUUCAAUUAGUUCUGAAAAUUUGGUAACCACAGCGCCAUCAACGCGUAACAGCUCGGAACGCAGCUUACCGUUGCGUAGUUACAGCAAAUGGUCACCACUGGAACAAGGCGCUACGCUGGUAUGGCGUGACUUGUGUGUAUACACCGCGGGACAGAAUGGCUCCAGCCUGCAUAACAUGAAGCGACUUAUUAAUAAUUCAACGGGUGCAGUGCAACCGGGAAACUUAAUGGCUUUGAUGGGUUCGAGUGGUUCUGGUAAGACAACCUUGAUGUCAACACUUGCGUUUCGUCAACCGGCUGGCACUGUCGUGCAAGGCGAUAUUCUGAUAAAUGGUAGACGCAUUGGUCCAUUUAUGCAUCGCAUCAGUGGUUAUGUGUAUCAAGACGAUUUAUUCAUUGGGGCGUUAACUGUUUUGGAGCAUUUAAAUUUUAUGGCACACCUUCGUCUGGAUCGCCGUGUUAGUCGACGUGAACGACAAAUGAUUAUAAGUGAUCUGCUCGAAAGAACUGGUCUACUCUCAGUUGCACACACACGUAUUGGUUCUGGUGAUGAUAAGAAGGUUCUCUCCGGUGGUGAACGCAAGCGACUUGCAUUCGCUGUGGAACUGCUCAACAAUCCAGUUAUAUUGUUUUGCGAUGAACCAACCACCGGUUUGGAUUCUUUCAGCGCGCAACAAUUAGUCCAAACUCUAUAUGAUUUAGCCAAAAAGGGUACAACUAUACUCUGCACUAUUCAUCAACCGUCGAGUCAGCUGUUUGAUAUGUUUAACAAUGUUCUACUACUGGCAGAUGGACGUGUGGCCUUCACUGGCUCACCACAAAAUGCACUCAAUUUCUUUGCAGAGAAUGGUUAUCGCUGCCCAGAAGCUUACAAUCCAGCUGAUUUUCUUAUUGGCGUGUUGGCAACAGAUCCCGGCUAUGAACAAGCAUCACAGCGUUCGGCGCAAUAUCUUUGUGAUCUUUUUGCUGUUAGCUCUGCUGCCAAGCAACGUGAUAUGCUAGUUAACUUGGAAAUUCACAUGGCACAAACUGGUGAUUUUCCAUACGACACAGAAAUAGACACCUUCAAACCUGCUUAUUGGUAUAAGAAGUUUCACGUCAUAUGGUAUAGAGCAACAUUGACGGUUAUGAGAGAUCCCACUGUGCAAUGGCUGCGUUUCCUACAGAAAAUGGCUAUGGCUAUAAUUAUAGGUGCUUGUUUUGCGGGAACCACCGAAUUGACACAGUUGGGUGUGCAAGCUGUGCAGGGUGCACUAUUCGUCAUGAUAUCCGAAAAUACUUAUCAUCCCAUGUACUCUGUGCUAAACGUUUUCCCGCAAAGUUUUCCACUGUUUAUGCGUGAAACAAGAGCGGGCAUGUACACGACGGCUCAGUAUUAUAUCGCUUAUGUGCUUUCCAUGCUGCCGGGUAUGAUAAUCGAACCUCUGCUAUUUGUGGUUAUUUGCUACUGGAUUACGGGCCUGCGUGCUACUUUUUUCGCCUUCGGUAUAACCGCUGUGGCAGUCAUAUUGGUGAUGAAUGUUGCCACUGCGUGUGGGUGCUUCUUUUCCACUGCAUUCAAUUCAGUGCCGCUGGCUAUGGCUUAUUUGGUGCCAGUCGACUACAUUUUCAUGAUAACUUCUGGUAUCUUCAUCAAAAUCAGCACAUUGCCAUUGGCAUUCUACUGGACGCAAUUUCUUUCGUGGAUGCUGUAUGCUAAUGAAGCCAUGACUAUUGCGCAAUGGUCCGGCGUGCAGAAUAUAACUUGCUUUGAGGAGAGUGAGGACUUACCAUGCUUUCACACAGGACAGGAUGUGCUGGACAAAUACAGUUUUAAUGAGACAAAUCUCUAUAAAAAUCUGUUCGCCAUACUUGGAAUCUAUUUGGGAUUUCACGUUUUGGGGUAUUACUGUCUAUGGCGUAGAGCAAGGAAAAUUUAAAAUUUCCCAAAGUGAAAAGUUGAACUUUUUUCUUUUUGUUGCUUGUGUACAUAAGAAAACUGCCAUUAUUUUUAAUGAAAUUUAUUGUACAACGUAAUUUUAAAUUAUUUUUUAUACUCUAUGCUACUUUAUUUUAAUUUAGAGUAAAAUUAAAUAGCUUUCCUAUGAGCUUAAGUAAAGC